CCCGGCCUGGCAACCGUUACCAUGGUAACCGGGAGGCGCUGAGGGGAGGUGAAGGCCCAGGCGGCCCCGGCGCCUCAAGGCGCUGCCCCCCGAGGGUCUCGGCCCUUCCCUCGGAGCCGUGGGGCUGAAAAAGGCCUCGCCGAGGUGGUGCCUGGCCCCGCUGCCCUUGCAGCCGUCCCCCGGUCCCGUCGAGGCCUCCUCACAUCACCUCCGGCCGUGCCGCCGAGGCUCGCCCCGGCUUCCACCAUGAGUGACCAAAUGCAGUUCAUUGUUGAAAAGCUCAAUCAGGAGCCCUUCAGGAAGAGCUACAAUCUGAUCACGUUUGACUCCUUAGAGUCCGUGCAGCUCUUGCAGCUGCUCAAUGAUGUGCUGGGGGAGAUUGACCCGAAGCAUGUUGUUGACAUCAGAGAGGAGCUGCCAGAGCAAACAGCUAAAAGAAUGUUGACUCUCCUUGGUAUCCUUAAAUACAAACCUCCAGGAAGUAUAUCGGACUUGAGCGCAUUUCGCCAAGGGUUAGUUACGGGAAGCAAACCUGUAAUUCACCCUGUCUUACAUUGGCUUCUUCAGAGAACCAAUGAACUCAAGAAAAGAGCUUAUCUGGCACGUUUCUUAGUAAAAUUGGAAGUGCCAGUGGAGUUCCUGCAGGAUGACACUGUGGCUGACGUCAACAAACAGUAUGAAGAACUGAUGGAAGCAUUUAAAAACCUACAUAAGGAGUGUGAGCAGCUCAAAACAUCUGGCUUUUCUACUGCAGAAAUAAGAAGGGAUAUCAGUGCAAUGGAAGAAGAGAAAGAUCAACUCAUCAAAAGAGUAGAGCGUCUUAAGAAGAGGGUGGAGACAGUACAAAAUCAUCAACGAAUGCUCGAAAUAGCAAGACAGCUUCGCUUAGAAAAAGAGAGAGAAGAGUCUUUGGCUCAACAGAAACAAGAACAAAAAAAUCAGUUGUUCCAUGCAGAGCAGAGACUGCAAAGAGCACAGCUCCAGCUGAAAGAGAUGCAUCAUGCAGUAGUGGAUUCAAAACCUGAAAGUUUAAUGAAGAAACUGGAAGAGGAGAUAAAUUUCAAUUCAUACCUGGCUACUGAAAAAAUACCUAGGGAGCUUGAAAGCAAGAAGAAAUCGGUAUAUUUCUUACAAAAGACAGUUGCAGAGCCAGCUAUGAGUCAAUCAGAUCUCAAUGUACUUGAAAUCAAGAUAAAUGAAGUAAAUGCACAAAUAAAUCAGCUUGUUGAGAAAAGAAUGAGCAAGUAUGAGCCAAUUGAUAGUAAAUUUUCCAUGUAUCGCCAACAGGCAUCUAUAAUUUCCCGGAAAAAGGAAGCUAAGGCAGAGGAACUUCAGGCUGCUAAGGAAGAGAUGGCCAGCACAGAAAGACAGAUGCUACAGAAGACAAAUCAGGCCCAAGAGCUGGAAGGCUCUGAAGUUUUGAAAGGGGAUGAGUUUAAACACUAUGUUAAUAAGCUGCGUAGCAAGAACACAUUUUAUAAAAAGAAGCGACUGGAAAUAGCAGAAAUUACAGCUGAGUAUGGUAUCCUCCAGAGGACAGAAGAACUUCUAAAACAGCGCCACGAGGCUAUUCAGCAGCAGUUGCAAGCAAUUGAAGACAAAAAAGGUAUUUCUGGAUAUAGUUACACCCAGGAGGAGCUGGAAAGAGUAUCUGCAGUAAAGAGUGAAAUGGAUGAAAUGAAAGGCCGAACACUAGACAACAUGUCUGAAAUGGUAAAAAAACUGAAUACUAUGGUGGCAGAGAAGAAGUCCAGCCUAGCUCCUGUUAUCAAAGAACUGAGACAAUUGCGCCAGAAGUGCCAGGAAUUAACUCAAGAAUGCGAUGAAAAAAAAAUCCAGUAUGACAGUUGUGCAGCAGGGUUAGAGAGCAAUCGCUCCACACUGGAACAGGAAGUGAAAGGACUCCUUGAGGAGUGCAUUCAGGAAGAAAGCAACUACCAUUAUGUAAACUGCAUGAAGAGGAAUCUAGAAAUACAGCUACAACGUGCUAAAGAAGAAAUGAAGACAUACGUCUCCCCAGAUCCUCAGGAGAGACGAAAGGCAAUUCGAGAGCAGUACACACGAAUGAUCCUUGAGCAAGAAAACCUGGGGAAGAAAUUACGAGAGAAGCAGAAAGUUGUACGGGAAAGUCAUGGGCCAAAUAUGAAGCAAAUUAAAAUGUGGCAGGACUUCGAGCAGUUAAUGGAAUGUAAGAGAGAAUGUUUUCUAAAACAACAAAACCAAACAGCCAUUGGUCAAGUCAUUCAGGAAGGAGGUAAAGAUAGGCUUGUACUAUGAAUUCUGCCUUCUUUAUACCAGCAUAAAGUGGGAAGACAGUGUAUGGACUUCUUAAAGGUAACCUCUUACUCAACAUUGUUGCUUUCAUCAUUUCUGUAAAAAUUUGUUGUACUUUGUUUGGUUUUGGUGGAUAAACAAGGACGGCAACUAAGCACUCGAUGAAGCUUUUCCUCCAUUGUUUAAGUGACAACAAACCAUGGUUAGGAAGAUCUGUUAUGAAAUCUGCACUAGGGUGAACCUCAUCGUAAAUCUGGUUUAUGAGUCUGGGAAUGGCAUGCAUCUGCAGAGAGAUCAAAGGGAAAAAAAAUCCUUUUCCAGGGUCACAGAAAACUUAUGUAAUUGCUCUGCUCCUUAUUCUGUAUCUCUAAGAUUACAUUUUUGCAAGGUCUGGGACUCAAUAUUGUAUAAUUGUGGACCUCCUGGCUUGGCCCUCUCCUUCCCUAUUGUCUUUAUUCAUCUAGUGUGACUGGCAAGAAUGGAGCCAUUUUCUCUCUGAGCUGCACAGACCUUGCCUGCAUACCCCUAGUCAUACUUUCCUUGCAUGGUUGAAUUAAACUGAUUGUGCUUCCAGGAGACAGUUCAUUGCUACAGCGUCAGGAGUAGGUUCUGAGAACAAUUACUUGGAUUCUGAGCUUUUUUCCAUUGUCUCUUGUUGGUUUUAACAAAUGCGUUUUUUCUUGCACAUACACCUUUUUCUGAUUUUUCUUAGUUGCCCAUGUGAAAGUGCCAACUGUGCUCCCCUAAAGGCUUUCUCCAUUGAGGGCAUUUUGCUGUUUUACCCGUGCAGCAUGGUUCCGAAGUGGCUGCACUGCCCAAAGAGGGACAUCCCAGGGAAGGAGGGCUAUUGAUGGAUGUAGCUGUGGCACAGUGGUUCCUGUAUACGUCCGGCCAUGCCAAACAGGUAGAUAUGCAAAGCUCCCUCGUACUCUGGCUUUAACCUGUGAGCCACAGGCAACUGCCACUGCCCUUAAAAUUGCAUCGUGAGACCCGUGGCUGACCCAGGGUAAAAGGAAUGCAGAUGAGGCUUGAAACUGUCCCUCACGCUUCAUCAUUUCUGAUGAGCGCCUCUUAGUCACAAUCAAAGACUAGAAGCAGAGAGAUAAGUCUGGGUGACGAGAGCUCCUGCUGUUCUUCUUUAGUCUCUUGGCUUACUCAAUUUCUAGAUAGGUUUUUUCUUCUUCUUUUUUUUUUUUUUUUUAAUUUUUCCUGCCUAAAGUAGAAUGGACUUCAUCACUGAUAGUUCUUUCAGAUGUAAUUUGGACACAAAAAAUUAUUUAACUUUCUCUGACACCUACCUAUGAAAUCUGCUGCUGUUUUCUCUAUCAAGAGAGAGUCUGGUAACCGCAUAGUUCCUAGUUUGCCUUUACAUUAAAUAUGCUUGCUAACAGAACUAAAAUAAAAUAUGAUGACCCCA